AUGCUCAGGUUCAACAGAUGGGUAAAGCCCGCUUUCCUGCUCAAAAGAUCACUGUACACGAAAACGACUCUCAAUGCCGGUGGAAUAGAGAUUGCGCAACCAAACCCCAACCACAAGUCUUUGAUCUUGUUGACCACGCCGCCACAGCUGAACAAUAUAGUGAGCAACGUGAUCGACAAGCAGGCCACGAACACAGGCAUCAGCCAGAUCCUAGUGGUGUGCGUCGAUUCCAUAGCCGACUCAAGAAACGCCUAUUCCGAACUAUGGCUUGAAACUCCAUUCAGAGUCACCCAUCAUGAAACCAUUGAGGAGAGAAACGAAAGAAUCAAAAAGAAAGUCGAGCCACUCAGCGUGGAUCCAAUCAAGUUCGACAAGUCUUGGAAAGACACCAAGGAGCAGACCUUGUUCCAGAUCAAUCUCACCAAUCUCGGACUAAAUUCAAAGGUCAGACUGGCGAACACCCUAUUUGAAAAUGGAGAAAACAGUACUUGCUUCUACAUUGGGAAGGAGUCAUACGACUGGUACAACCUUGCGAACGUGACCGUUGAUGUCAACCUUGACAACUUCUCCGCAGUGCAGAACAUCGAGUAUGCCAAUCGGUUGACGGAGAUCCCACUCGUCGAAGCCGUAGAAGAAGGCGCCGACGAAGAGCUUUUUACCAUCACCGAUUUUGAAGGAAACCUCAUCAAGAGCAUAAAUAACCAAAGUGCUUCUGGGUACCUCACUGACAACUCGAUAGUGAUGAGCUCAAAAAAAGACCUUUACUUCAAGCUAUACGACAACGAAACAGAAGAUCCGACAAGACCUUGUCUCCAAGAAUAUUACAAGUUGAUUGUCGGGGGCCUUGGCUGGGGGGAGAAACAAGCAUUUCUUGCUGUCGACCCCAUUGUCGGCACCACCGGAUUUAGAGACGUGAAGCUAUUUUACUACGACAAAGACACCGCCAAGCACCACGUGGAGUCUCCCGUUGUAUCCGGCAACAGCAAACUCGUUUUUGAAUGCUCUGAGUUGGAGAGUGGUUACGAGGAGUAUAAGCAGCCAACGGACACUGGGGCACAGGAAACCGUGAUAAAGCCUGGCGUGUUCGCCAUGGGCUGCGAACAAGGAUUCGAGCUUGACGGAAUCUGGCACCGCUCCAACGGCGAGUUUGUACAGAUUGAGGUGGCUCAGAGCUAG